GCGGGGCCCGGCUGCCAUUGGCUGCUUGGGCCUCUUUGUUCCCGGUCCCCGCCGCAGGCCGGCUGCAGCCGACCGGGGGGCGGAAGUUUGACCGUGCCGGGCAAGAGUCUGCGGCGGUGGCGCCGGUGUCCCGGCACAUCUCCAGUCCCCGCAGCGGUGCCCGUCGCCAGGCGAUCCUGGGCGUGAUAUCCCCGACAGGCGGAGAGCCCCCUCUGACACACAGACAUGGACCUGGAGGCCAAAGUGAAGAAGAUGGGUCUAGGUCAUGAGCAAGGAUUUGGAGCCCCCUGUUUAAAAUGCAAAGAAAAAUGUGAGGGAUUCGAACUGCACUUCUGGAGAAAAAUAUGUCGUAACUGCAAGUGUGGCCAAGAAGAGCAUGAUGUCCUCUUGAGCAAUGAGGAGGAUCGAAAAGUGGGGAAGCUUUUUGAAGACACCAAGUACACCACCCUGAUUGCGAAGCUGAAAUCGGACGGGAUUCCCAUGUAUAAACGCAAUGUUAUGAUACUGACCAGUCCAGUUGCUGCCAAGAAGAAUGUCUCCAUCAAUACAGUUACCUACGAAUGGGCUCCUCCUGUCCAGAAUCAGGCAUUGGCCAGGCAGUACAUGCAAAUGCUGCCCAAAGAGAAGCAGCCGGUGGCAGGCUCAGAGGGGGCACAGUACCGGAAGAAGCAGUUGGCAAAGCAACUCCCUGCCCACGACCAGGACCCUUCAAAAUGCCACGAGUUGUCUCCCAAAGAGGUGAAGGAGAUGGAGCAGUUUGUGAAGAAAUACAAGAGCGAGGCCCUGGGCGUAGGAGAUGUCAAGCUGCCCCGUGACAUGAACACUCAAGGCCCCACCAGAAUGUACAUUCCUGGAGGGGACAGAAGCACCACAACAGCAGUAGGGGCCAUGGAGGACAAAUCAGCGGAACACAAAAGAGCCCAGUAUUCCUGCUACUGCUGCAAACUGAGUAUGAAGGAGGGAGACCCAGCCAUCUAUGCCGAAAGGGCCGGAUACGAUAAACUGUGGCACCCAGCUUGUUUCGUCUGCAGUGCCUGCCAUGAGCUCCUGGUCGACAUGAUUUAUUUCUGGAAGAGUGGCAGGCUGUACUGCGGCAGACACUACUGCGACAGUGAGAAACCCCGGUGCGCUGGCUGUGACGAGCUGAUAUUCAGUAAUGAGUAUACCCAGGCAGAAAACCAAAACUGGCAUCUGAAACACUUCUGCUGCUUUGACUGUGACAACAUCCUAGCCGGGGAAAUAUACGUGAUGGUCAAUGACAAGCCUGUGUGCAAACCCUGUUAUGUGAAGAACCAUGCUGUGGUAUGUCAAGGAUGCCACAACGCCAUCGACCCCGAAGUGCAGCGGGUGACCUACAACAACUUCAGCUGGCACGCGUCCACGGAGUGCUUUCUGUGUUCCUGCUGCAGCAGGUGUCUCAUUGGGCAGAAGUUCAUGCCAGUAGAAGGGAUGGUUUUCUGCUCAGUGGAGUGUAAGAAGAUGAUGUCUUAAGAGGAGAGCACCAAGCAAUAUUGAGCCCUAGCUAUCCAGAGUGGUCUGCAUUUCUACUGUAAAAUGCAAUUUGGAAAAAUAAAAGGAAAAAAAAAGAAACUAUAAAGGAAACCAGGAAAUUUGUUCCGUAUCUUUCUUUGCUGUUUUUCCUAACCAAAUUUUUGCAUCUCAAUUUUUAAAACCUGCUUUAAGCAUUUAAUUUUUAAAAUGGUAAAGAAUUUUACCUUUCUUUGGCUUUCCAGACGUAAAAUCUUUUGAGUUGGAAGCUUGAGUUUAAUAUCUUCAUAUUCCUACCUUCUUUGUGCCAAACACAGUAUAUAUGAAAACUUAAAAGUUAGUGUUUGAAUGGAAAGAUGAGCAUUUCAUGUUCUAUAUUCUUUUUCCCUUCUUGUAUAAAAUGAAAAGGAAAUUAAACUUGCCCUAAUGCCAGGGCUCUACGUUUAUUGCCUCAUCUUAUUUGCUGAAUUUUGUAGUAAUACACAGUGAAUUCUUUUGACAGAGAAAAUAGAAAUGCAGCAUAAUAUGAAGAACUGUUAUCAUUUUAAUGUCUAUGCAUUUGCUAUUUCCUAACUUAGGCAGAAAUGGCUUUACUGCGUAUCUCUAUUUUUUUAAUCUGCUCUACCUCUCAAUAUUCUCUUUGUAAGCUGAUGACCUCCAUUUGUGGCCUUGAAUAUUUUAUUGUCACAUGUGGCUUCCACACUUUUUACUUCUAUAGAUGAUUUUUGGCAAGCCACUCAUUUAUGUUAUAUUUUUAAUCCAAAGAACAUGUAUACUUUUUUUGUAUCCAAGAAACUAUAACUUGUACUCUUUGCACUUGGCUGUGUGGUUUAAAUAAACUUUUUGCAUGGUUUCCAUUCUUUUCUAAUGGAUACUGUCCUAUGAUAUAAUGCCUGUUCGUGGAUAUAUAACAAAUGGCUUCUUUGCCUGUAUACUUCCUUCCUUAGGUAUUUCUAAUGUUUAUUUUUCCUUUUCUACUUCCAUACAUAGCUAUGCACUAUGAAAGUUAAAUGUAAUGAAUGAUAUAUGUAUUAUUAUUCAAAAUAAAGUCUCUUUCACUUUAA